AUGCCAGUUCAAUUCCUCCUGAAUAGCCCUCGAUUACGCAGAAGCCGUCGACUCCCACAAUCUCCGUAUCCUCCUGCUAUGCCUCUCUCUCGCAUCGACGAGGAAGCGUCUCCAUCCCCAAUCUCUCCAUACUACGAGGCAACCUCGCCCCCGUAUAGUUGGUAUGAAGAUCCUUCUGACGCCGAGAGAUCCCACGAGGGACAGGAUGAGACGCCCUAUGAGGUACAGAAUGACGUUGUACCUGUCCGUCCUCAACCACUAAGAUCUUCCCGUCGCGAACCUGGAGUCACUACGGCCGAUGUAACCAACCAGGGACAUCCCAGCAUCCAUGAGAAUGGAAAUGGAGAAGAGGAUUGGGAGGUCCAGGAGAUUGUUGCACAUCGAACGACAGAAUCGAAAGUGGAGUAUAAAGUUGUGUGGAAGGACACGUGGGUACCUAAGGAGGAUCUUAACAACGCCAGCGAUGCCAUUGAGCUCUACUACGCUCGCUCUCGUAGGGCGUCUAUGCUUUUGACGAUUAACGAGGAUAAGGAGGAUAAGGAGGAUAAGGGGGAUAAUGAGAGGGAUGAGAAGGAAGAUGAGAAGCAUGCGGAGGAUGACACAGAUACUAAAAGGAAGAGAAGAUUCUCUCAGAUUAUGUAG